AUGACGGCCCACACCCAAGAGGAGGAGGUGGACACGAAGACGCCAUCAAUGUCGCAGACAGUUGCUAAUAAUAAUAUUAAUAAUAAUUCGCAGCGGAUUGCUGGCAGCGCUGAUGGCGACAUCGUAAAUCAAAUGGCUGAGUCAGCCAUGUUUUUCUCGUCAAUGGCGCCGCCGGAAGUGCUGGGAAUGGCAGGGCAAUUUCCGGUGGGGCAAGGGAUCACCUACGAUGCCAGAUUUCCAAUGAAUCAACAAAAACAUCAAAAUGCGAUUUACAAAAAUAGUGGCAAUAAUAUGACAGUGAAUGGUUUCCAUCAGCAAUGUUUCCAUUCAGAAGAGGCAUCAGGAAAGUUUCCGAUGCAUCAGAAAUCGGCACUGGGCUUUCCUCUGCAUCACGUAUACGCAGAGAAUUUGGGUAGAAUUUUUCCAGAUUUGAAGCAAUUGCCGCGAAAGAACUCGGGUGAUAAUGAUGCCCUACCACUAGUAAGCACCACAAUGACCAGACGCAACCAGGUGAUUAGCUCACCCGUAGCUAUAAAGGCACCCCCGGAAUUUCCCAUAAUUAAAAAACGAUUUGUUACGAGCCGACGUUUUCCCAAUUAUCGGCCAAUGGCAAAUGCCGAUGAUGGAACUGAUGAUGAUAAUGAUGAGAAUGAUGGACCAGGAGAUCCAUCUCCACAUACCAACUCACAGCAAGCAACAACAAUGACGCAGACGAGCCUCGACAAAGUCACCAAAAUAGACAUAGAAGGUGGUGGCGAUGAUGUACAUAAGGCGUUUGAUAAUGAACUCGAGGCUGGCCACGGCGAUGAUGAUGAGUGGGAUGAUGAGCGGCGGGCAGCGGCGGUAGCAUUAAACUUGAACGCCACCAUAGAGGUGGCGCUGGUGGCAAGGGAAAUCGAGCAUCAACAGGCGGAAAAUUUUAAUGACGCCUUCGGUCCGAGUCAGAAUCAGUAUCAGGAGAAGGAGAAGCAGAAGCUACACGACCACAAAAACAGCAGAAUCGGGGAAAACAGAGAAAAACAAAAUGACGACGCCAUGAAUUUGGCCAAAAAUAAACACGAAAUAUGCGAGCAAAGCAAAUUAGAGAAGGCCGAAGAUCAUAAUGAGCUAAAUAUGACUAAAUCGGCGAGAGAUCAAGAGCAGCACCAGCAGCAGCAGCAGCAGAGCCAGUCAAUAUGCUUUACCAGGGAACAAACAAUAGAUGAUAUAGAUCGGUAUGGGAUUCGGAAAACCACCAACCACCACCAGCUCUCAGACGCGCGCGAAUCGUCGCCAGAGCAAGACCGCGAGCCAAAUCCGUAUAAGAAUCCGUAUCCCAAUCCCAUAACCGUAACCCGGCCAAAUAUAGAAUUACUAAAGAGUUCCGUUCGCGCUUUUCUCAACGACACCGACGACAAAGAUAGCUCUCCGCCGGUUUGGGACUGGGAGCUUAUCGAUCUCUUAACGGAGGCCAUUGAAUUGCUGUGCGAAAAAGCGGAAACGGGUAACCUUUGGAGCGAGGAGGUCGAAGGAUCGGAGCGGAGUGACAUGACCGUCACCAAGGUCAGCGAGGAGCGGGACUCAGAAACGGUCGACGUUUAUCCCGAGCCACUCGAUCAGCAUACUCCAGAAGUUGAUGACAACAACAAUAGCCAGAUCGGUGAUCCCAAUUCCAGCAACGAGAUGAAGUACGAGCUGAGAUCCACCACUGCCCCCACGACAGCAACACUGCCCAUACGGAGUUCCAGGCUACCGGAGGCACCCGCCGGCAGGCUGAGCACUACAAGCACUUCCAGAGGAUUACCCACAUCGACCUCAACCGCCAGCACUCCCCUGCUGGGCGAACUGAAGCGCAGCUCCUCCAGCCGCGAUGACAUCUCCAUUGAUCCAGAAUCCGUGCUGCCGGAAAGGACGCGGCUUCGGCGCCAGAGGCGUAUGCGUUCCCAAGAUUCGGCGGAGGAGAAGCCGGAGGAUGUGAUCGAGCGGCUAAACAAGCUCAAGGCACGCAUUUCCGGAGCCCUCAGCGAGGUCAAGAACGUGAUCAAGCAGUACAGCACGGAGAGUGAGGCGGAGGCAGCAGGGGAGACACCUGUGGUGGCGCUAUCGAAGCCAUCUUCCAGUGCUGGCGAGAAAGAGCCUUCAUCGGCUCCAGUUCCCUUUAGAUUUGUGAAGAAAAUACGCCGACGUAGCUACUUUGAUGAGGCGGAAGAGGAAAAGGAGCAAGCUGGAGAGGAUCAGGACAAAGUUUCCCAAGAAGAAGUCAAGGAAACCAAAAUAAAAAGAGAAGCCACACCAUUUCCCAAACUAGAAAAACUAGAAGAAAAGGAUAUAUCAGAAUCCAAUUCAAAAGAAGUCCUUCAAGAAACUGAAGUUCAAACUAAGGAAGAUUCGAAAAUUUUAGAAAAUCAAGAGACAAAAAUUAUUGAAAAAUCAGAAACAAAACUUACAAUUGAAUGCAAUCAAGAGCCAAAGAAGGUUGAACAGAUUUCAGAAGCAACUCCUCAUAAAGUUGAUUCAAAGGAGUCCAAAACAGAAAUAAUUUCAGAACCCAAAGAAGCCUUAAAAGUUAAUGGAGAAGUAGUAGACUCUAAGCCUCCAGAAAAGAAUAAAACCCAAACCAAAAUAGAGUUCCUGGCCAAAGUGCAAAGUGAACUGAAAUCCAAACCCACAAAAGAGAAGAUCGACAAGAAACCCAAUGAAGUUACAGAACCCACACCCAAGAGCCAGAAAGAGGAGCACUCUGAAAAACCCACUUCUGAUGUAACUGAUGAUUCAUCACAAGCUGGGUCACAGGCACAGGCCACACCCAAGAUCAAGAAGAAAGUCAUUGUGAAGGUAAAGAAUUCGCGGCGUGCCUCGAUUGCCGCCGUGGAACCGUCCAAGAUCAAGGUGGAACCGGCCGUGGAGCAGAGCGAUGCUCUCAUCGCACAAAGGAGACCCUCCGAUUCCGAGGCGAUUGUCAAGCGCAAGAAGAAGCUGAAAUUAAUGGGCCCCAUUGCAGAUGCAGCAGCAGCAGCAGCAACAAUUUCAACAACUUCCGGCUAUCAGAGGGAGAGGACGGAUAAACAAGCAACGUCGCCAGAGGCCAAGACAGUGCCAGCCAAGUUGGCUAUUGCCAAAAGUGGCCAAGGAGAAGCGACAACAGCAACCGAAGCCACUGCAACUGCAGCAGCCGCAACAGAAACUGAAAAACCAAUCGAUGGCGAUUCAGUAAAAAGUGGCAAUCAAGCGCCAUCUCCCGAACGAAGCAGACGCGCCAGCCUGAAACUAGACGAGCUGGUGGGUGGAACACUGCCACUGGUGGUGCCAGCGGGUAAAUCAGACAUCCCAGCACCAGAACCACAAACUCUUCGUCCAGAGCCACCGGCUCAGGCGCAGGCACAGGCAUUGCCUUCUAUCGACGAGUCCAAAGAACCCAUCAAUCAGGUGCAGUCGCACGUACAGGUGCAACAGGUGGCCAUCGGCGCUGACAUUGCGCCGCAAAUAGAAGCGACAUUGAGGCACGAAGAGUCAUCAGCGCAGCCAUCGGUAGAAGCUACAAAAGUCGCCGAACAAUCAGCACCCGCGGACAGUCUAGAAUCAGCCAUCACGAUGCCGGAGCUGAAAGUGAUCGCCGGUCCGGUGCAGCCCGUCAAGAUCGAGACGGUGGAGCAGCCCCUGGAUGUGGCCAAAAGUGAUCAGCCCCUGGUGGUGGGCAAAAAGAAACCAACGACAGCAACGCCUCACCUCAAGAAGCUAGUGCGCAAGAAUUCCAUUGACAAGAAGGAUAAGGAUGUUGUGGAGCAGCAGAAACAGGACUCCACCAAGCUCAGCAAUAUCCUGCGCGACAAAAACAAAAUCAACGAGCUGUCCUCCAGGAUCAAUAAACUAACGCCACCCAAGAAGCGUGAAGUGAAACCCAAAGAAGAGCCAACAAAACCAGAGGAGCAAGCUCCAAAGCCAGAGGAGGAGACUCCACAGGAAAUCCCAACGGAAGCCGUACAGGAUCAAGAAGAGGAGCAAGUGGCUGAACCAGAACCGGAGCCCGAGCCGGCGCCCGUGCCCAAAAAAGUGCGAAAAGUCAAAAAGAAGGUUAUCAUCAAGCGGCAGAAACGCCGUCUCUCCAUCGGCGACACAUUCUUCCUGCAACCGGAGCCCGAGGAGCCCCAGAUUCCUGAGAUCGAGACCAUCGAACGGGCCAUAGCCUACGUGACCGAUGACGAGGAUGAGCCAGAGCCUCAACCCGAGGAAAAAGUAGAGCCGGAACCCCGAAAAUCCUGCCUACACGUGAGGGAAUACAAGAUCGGGGAUCUAAUCUUAUACGCGGAACGGUAUCGCAAGACCCAAGUGCGCUGGAAACGGGGACGAGUGCUCGAGAGGAUUACCAGCAUUUCGUACAAACUGGAGAUCGAGGGCAAAGAGGUUCCAGCCCAUGUCAGCUACAUCAAGAAGUACACAGGACGCAAGGUUCGUUUCGGGGGCAAGGAGUACCUGGAGAUCGACUACGAACAGGUGGCCGAGGAGGAGCGCCGAGCGGCCAGCUACAGCAUAUGGAACAUGGUGUAGGAUGAGAGGUGUAAUCCCCCAGCCAAUCACAAAAGCUAUAUACCCUUAGUGGUGUCCAGUGUCCAGUCACAUAUUUGAGUGGAAUUAAAAAAUUUGUUGCCAACGAACGAUUUUUUAAGGAUCUCAACAACGACAUUCAGUUCUAGUCUUUAGUGUCCUAGUCUAAUCUAACGUAUGUGUAUGUAUAUCCUAGUUAUCCUAGUGUUUAGUGUAAAUAUUCCAGCUGCGCUUCGUUUCGGUUUACAUUUUAAGUACUCUGGUAUGUGUGUAAUUUUAUUUUAAACAAAAAACAUGGCAACAGCAAGCCAUUUAAUGUUAAAUAAAGCGUGAAAUAUUUCAGUUA